UUGUACAGUAAUUGCCACCGCACUUGAGCUCGAUUUAAAAAAAUCGUAGCCUUCCCUGACAUCUUUCUUUGUGCAAUUUCUGUCAGGUCUCAUGAAAAAUCCCGUUAUUUUGCUUUUGUAAUUCAUCUAACAAAGGCUUUUACUUGUUCCGACGGUUGACCGCAGUUAGUGGAACACGCGUUACAAACGCUGAUCCAUUCAGUGACAUUGUGUAAAGAUUUAUUUUGGUAUUUUAAUUUAUCGAUUUUGGCCUUCCUCUCAAAAGAUAGUGUUUAUUUAUUAGUGAGCUCGAGUAAUUGCUGCCCAAGCAACAAUUUUUUGUGCCACAGUCCCAUUCAAGAGAGAGCCGUGUCUUGGGGGAGAAGCACCCCGGGCACUACGGUGGCCCCAGAUACACCGGCACCAGCACCCCAGCCUCCGGGGGUGCUGGACAUGACGGCCACGGACAACAUCCGCUUCAGCGGCCACACGCUCGACAAGGCCACCAAGGCCAAGGUCACCUUAGAAAAUUUCUAUACUAAUCUCAUAACUCAACAUUAUGAGAGGAAACAGAGGCUCGAGAAGCUGGAGGAGUCACUCAAAGAUGAAAACUUGACAGAGAGCCAAAAACAAGAGAAAAGACAGCAACAUGCUCAAAAAGAAACCGAGUUUUUGAGGCUCAAGCGAUCGAGGCUCGGUGUAGAGGAUUUUGAACCGCUCAAAGUCAUCGGGCGAGGCGCGUUUGGCGAGGUCCGCCUCGUUCAAAAGAAAGAUACCGGUCAUGUUUACGCUAUGAAAAUACUCAGAAAAGCUGAUAUGCUUGAAAAAGAACAAGUGGCCCACGUGCGGGCCGAGCGUGACAUCCUAGUAGAAGCGGACCACCAGUGGGUAGUGAAGAUGUACUAUAGUUUUCAAGAUCCCAUGAAUUUAUACCUCAUCAUGGAAUUCCUGCCAGGCGGCGACAUGAUGACCCUACUCAUGAAAAAAGACACCCUUAGCGAAGAAUGUGCGCAGUUUUAUGUCGCUGAGACGGCGCUGGCGAUCGACAGUAUACAUAAGCUCGGUUUCAUACACAGAGACAUAAAGCCGGAUAACCUUCUGCUGGACGCGCGCGGGCACAUCAAGCUCAGCGACUUCGGGCUGUGCACGGGCCUCAAGAAGAGCCACCGCACUGACUUCUACCGCGACCUGUCGCGCGCCACGCCCUCAGACUUCAACUUUUUUUCAGUUUCAACAUCGUCGUCGGCGAUGGACUCAAAGCGGCGCGCGGAGUCUUGGAAGCGCAACCGGCGGGCGCUGGCAUACUCCACCGUGGGCACGCCCGACUACAUCGCGCCCGAGGUGUUCCUGCAGACCGGCUACGGCCCGCAGGCCGACUGGUGGAGCCUCGGCGUCAUCAUGUACGAGAUGCUGAUCGGGUACCCGCCGUUCUGCUCCGAGUCCCCACAGGACACGUAUCGCAAGGUGAUGUCGUGGCGCGAGUCGCUCACAUUCCCGCCCGAGAUACCCAUCAGCGAGGAGGCAAGGGAGACCAUUCUGCGCUUCUGCUCCGAACCGGACCGCAGGCUGGGUUCGGGGCGCGGCAUCGAGGACGUGAAGUCGGUGCCGUUCUUCCGCGGCGUGGACUGGAGCCACGUGCGCGAGCGCCCCGCAGCCAUCUCCGUCGAGGUGCGCUCCAUCGACGACACGUCCAACUUCGACGACUUCCCCGACGUCAAGCUCGAAAUACCGGCAGCGCCAAUCACGCAAGACGGCGAGGUGGCGUACAAAGACUGGGUAUUCAUUAACUACACGUUCAAGCGGUUCGAGGGGCUCACCCAGCGCGGCACGCCCACCAAGAAGUGAGCGCCGCCACCCCCCACCCCCCGCGGCUCCAGACGGGCCGCCCUGCCCCUCCCCGCUAAUCGCGCCGAUGUUAACACUGACGUCACCAUCACCCUAACUCACCUGGAUUUACCUAUAACUAGAGUGCUCUCUGUUUUAGUCUGUAACUCUUCUUAUUUUCACACACAUUACGACUAUUUAUUUCCAUACAACGACUUGUUAGCUGUCGAUUCAUAAAAGCGAUUAAAAUGAAGUUCACAACACAUUUACACAUUCUUUUUACAAUAUGGAAAUGUUGCUGUUCCAAACCAAAAUUUUGUAACCCAGUCCAAGAGGAGAAAACGUAUCCAACAUAUAUUGUUGAUGGCUAUCAUACUGGCAUCUAUCAUGCUCCAGGGCGUAUGCAAACUUCAUAGAAAUUUAUUCAGUUUUUAAAUCUUGAAAAGGUAACUGAUAGACAUGCAGAGUUGCUUUCACAUUUAUAAUAUAAGCAUGGAUGCUUAUAAUGCUCUAAUUGGCACUAUAAUUCCGUACACGGCGGGAAGAAGUUGGUAAUUGGUAAAUUUGAACUGUAAUUCUAUUUCUUCAAUAAAAUAUCUCGAGUUAUCAACUUCUUCCCGCCGUGUCAACGGAAUUAUUGUUUGAUUGUAUUUAAAUAAGUUGUACUGUUUUAUUGCGCCAUAGUUACGCCGCAAAUAUAUAUGACGACUGGUUGCACCCAACACGAGACCGAACAUAGCAGAAAACUAGCACGAUUCAUGAACUUUCUCAGGUUAAAUCAAGUAUGGAAGAGAAUCAUUGUCCAAUCGAUCACUUAUUUAUUAGUUGCGUAUAAUGAUGAACAUCUGUAAAAACUAAGUAGUUAACACGUUUCAAGUACAGAAUACUUAAAAUAAAUCUACUUUUAACGAACA